AUGAGACUUAUUCAACCAUUAAGAGUACUUAGAGUGCCAAUUAUAAUCCCUACCAGGACAUUUAUUUCUACUCCUUCUUUAUAUAAACCCAAGAAGGGUAAAAAACAUGAACAUCUCGAACCUUUAGCUGCUCAACACACUUUAGCCACUGAAGAUAUUGAUCUUAAAGAAAUCGAAACCAAGUUCAAUAAGAUUCUUGAUCAAUUCACUAAAAAGACCAAUGAAAUCAAAUUAGGUAAAUCAGAACCACAAAUGUUCGAUAAUUUGAAGAUCGAUAUCGAUAAUACUAAAUUCAAAUACACUGAUUUGGCUUCAACUUCCAUUAAAGGUAGAAAUCUCGUGAUAACGGUUUUCGAUAAACUGAAUAAUUCCAAGAUUAUAAGUGCCAUUCUUGAUUCGGGAUUAAACUUGAACCCUGUUCAAGAUCAAACUAAUCCUAAUCAAUUGAAAAUUCCUUUACCCCCAAUGACUAAAGACUUUAAACUUCAACAACUGAAAUUAUUGAAAAGUCAAUUCGAAAGGUAUAAGAACGGAUCACCUUCAUUGAAUUCCAUUAGAUUAGACUAUAAGAAGAAAUUUGACAAGAAGAUGAAAAACAAAAAGAAUGACGAUGAUGUUAAACAAUUCAAAAACUUUGAACUUUUACACAAAACCAGUUUGGAUAAAUUAUCAGAAAUCUUCAAGACCAAUGAAAAACAAUUAUUGAAAUAA